AUGGAGAACGGUCAUGAGAUCGGUACCCAACAUGCAACGAAGGGAGACCGCGACACCGGUCAAGAAGGGCUACGUGACAGAUCGUCUCUACCGAAGGCUGAGCCGACUGACCGACUGUUGAAAUUGGGCCAGCCGGAAGAGACGAAGGGGCCUAAAGAAGAAAUAAUGCUAAAUACUGAAGACGUCGAGAUUGCAGAAAUACCAGUUUAUCACCACGAGAGCGGAGAUUUGUUUGCGGAAGAUAUCGAGCAGCAUAUGGCCGUGCUACCAGAGAUGUCGGCGACUACGGAAGAAGUUACGAUUGAGGACAUUCAGAUCGGUGAUCCCGAUGUGCCUCUCACCACAGAUCAACAACGGCUCAGAUCGCUGAUCUGGAAGAGCCGUCACCUCCUCAUGGGUAAAGGUAAUGCUCUACCACCAGCAGCACGAGGCGCGAUCUGUGAUAUCGAUGUCGGUGGGGCAGCACCGAUAGCGCAAAGAGUGCGUCCGGUCGUAAUCAAAUAUCGGGAGAAGCUGUCAGAUCUCAUCAAAGGACUAUUAGCAGCCAAGAUCGUUCAGCCAUCCACGUCACCUUGGGCGUCUCCGAUAGUGGUGAUCAUCAAGAAGAACGGAGUGGAUAUUCGCCUUUGCAUUGAUUAUCGAAGAGUGAACCAGCUGACGCGUCUGAUGGUUUAUCCCAUGCCGUUGAUCAGCGAUCUGUUGGAAGAUCUGGAUAAAGCUCUAUGGUUCUGUUCGCUAGACAUGGCUAGUGGAUUCUAG